AUGGUGGAACCAAACAAGAUCAGUGAGGCCCUCGAGGAUGCAGAUUGGAUCAUAGCUAUGGAAGAGGAAUUGAACCAAUUCGAAAGAAAUAAAGUUUGGAAUCUUGUACCUAAACCAUCAAACAUAACUAUAAUUGGUACAAAGUGGGUGUUUAGAAACAAGUUAGAUGAACAUGGUACAAUAACCAGAAACAAGGCUCGUCUAGUAGUUCAAGGGUACAAUCAAGAAGAAGGAAUAGAUUAUGAUGAAACUUUCGCACCUGUGGCAAGGUUGGAGGCAAUCAGAUUACUCAUAGCAUUUGCAGCUCACAUGUAA